AUGGUCUUUUGGUUUGAUUUAGCUGAAGAUACAUUUGAUUAUGACAUAUCUCAUCCUAGAGGCGAUCAUAACUAUCCUCCUCGUUUUGGCGAACAUGCUAUGGUUGAUUUUUGGAGUAAUUUUACUGCAAGAUAUACACUAUACAAAAAUGUUUUUGUCAAUGGAAAUAGCUGUAUAUUUAAUGGUACACAUAUCAUUGAUCCUCACUUUUGUACUGGUCCUUUUUGGCUUAAUCAAUAUUAUGAGGGAAAAGUUGUAAAAUAUAUAAACAUAGCAGUUAUAUUCGGCCAUAGACAUUCUAAAAUUUCAUUUGGCCAUUUCACUCAUGACUAUAUGUUUCCGUUCAUAAUGACACCAGAUGAAGUACUUAAAUAUGCAACAAUUAUAUUACCAGACUAUACAAUAUUCGGAUAUGAUUAUAUGACAAUUUUUGGCUAUAGAAAUAAAGUUUAUUGUCUGAAAGAAGGGACAUGGGCAUACUGUAGCCAAGUUUUAAUUCCAACCCAUCCACGACCACACAAUUCCCAUUUUGGAGAGAGUGCAAGAAAAUUAAGUUGCAUAUUACGUGAGAAACUCAAUUUAAAAAAAAUAAAACCGACAAGGUAUGUUUUUAUGAACAGAUAUAAUAGUCGAGUUGUAUCGAAUCUACAGCAUUUAUAUAAUUUGACAGUUUCAAGAUACCCUGAUAUCAAAUGGGAAUAUGAAAUAGAUAAACAAGGAAGUUUGUUGACAUAUGGAAAACUAUUUUCGCAAUUUAAGGUUUUAGUUUAUCCAAAUGGAAGUAAUAUGUUAAAAUGCAUUUUUAUGGAAAAAGAUUCUUUAGUUUUGGAUAUAAAUAAUGAAAUGUGGGAUUUACCAAUGUUUGGAACUCUUCCAGCAAUCGGAAUUAAAAUGAUUGUUAUAUUUAACAAAGAAUACCAAAGAUUUUGCACUAAAGGAAAUAUAGAUCAGAAUCAAUUUAUGAGAGCAAUUGACGUCGCUUAUUAUUACAUUGUCAAUCAACAUUUCCCAGAGCCUACCAAUGGAUUAAGUUUUAUUGAUUACAAAUUCAAUAAAUGCAAUAGAUUUAAUAUAAUCAGUAAAGAAGCAUAA